CGACGAAGACUUACAGAAUAAGGCAUUAUAUCAUCUACAAUCAAUUCUUUGUCGGAAUGGCAAGAAUCUUACAGAUUUUCCACAUAUGCCCACUCCAACUAUAAAUCUGACAGCAUUUUGUGAUAACUACCUCAUUCAAGAAGAGCAGCAAUAUGAUAUGCUUACAUUUGCUCGGCAAGCUGAUACUCCAGAUGUUACUGCUCAACAAGAUUUUGCUAAUUGGUUAUUGCAGCUUGGAGAGGGACGUAUUCCAAUGGUUAAAAAAGGAGAAAAUAUAAUCAAGCUACCUAUAGAUAUUGUUUUACCAUCUCAGGAUAUUCAAGACCUAAUUAACUUUGUAUACGCUGAUCUUGCUGCUCUGCAUAAUAAUUUCGACUAUCUGGUAAACCGAGGAAUUCUAGCACCUAGAAAUGAUGAU